AUGCAUUCGUUACUUUCAUCGUCGCUCUUUGUCUCCCUGUUUUUGAUCCAUUUCACUUUCGCUACAACUUACACCGACCCCAGCAAACUACCGAACACUCAGUACGACUACAUCGUCGUCGGAGCUGGUACUGCUGGAAAUGUCAUUGCAAACCGUCUUACGGAAUCCUCGAAGAUAAAGGUGCUAGUCAUUGAGGCUGGUGCGGCGCGGGAUGGUAACCCUCAAUUGGAUAUACCCUUGUUAGCUCCACAGCUCAGUCCGGACACGGCGUAUACAUGGAACUAUACGACGACGCCUCAACCAGGUCUCAACAAUCGGGUAAUACAGUAUCCUCGUGGCAAGAUAGUAGGAGGAACCAGCUCCAUAAACUGGCUCUUUUGGACUCGCGGUGCCGCGGAUGACUACAACCGGAUUGCACAAGUUACAGGUGAUCCAGGCUGGUCAUGGCUGGGACUUAUGCCUUACAUGUAUAAGAACGAGAAGCUCACACCGCCAGCCGACGGACAUAACACGUCGGGCCAGAUCACUCCCUCUCUGCACGGGAAAAACGGUCCUUUGGAGAUCAGCGUAUACGGCUACGCAAAUGAGCUUGAUGACAAAGUCGUGCAGACGACCAAAGAGCUGUCUUCUGACUUCCCGUACAACCAGGAUCAGAACUCUGGCAAUCCCCUCGGUAUUGGCUUCCUGCAAGCAUCUAUUGGAGGGGGUAAACGGAGCAGCUCGGCCUCAGCUUAUCUGGAGCCAGUUCUAAACCGCUCCAAUCUGGAUGUGCUCUUGCAGACGACGGUGACUAAAGUUAUUCAAACCGGGAAGACCGGUGACAUCCCCAUCUUCCGUGGCGUACAGUUCGCCCAGUCAUCUUCAGGACCACUCUAUGCCCUUAACGCCACUAAAGAAGUUAUUCUCUCCGCUGGGUCUAUCAACACGCCCCAAAUUCUUAUGCUCUCCGGGAUCGGUGAUGCGAAAGCAUUGCAGUCAUUGGGCAUCAACCCCGUUCUUGACCUCCCCGACGUCGGCAAGAACCUGCAGGACCACAGUCUCUUGUCCAACCUGUUCGAAGUCAACUCGAAUAACACGUUUGACAACAUCUUCGAGGACGCUGCUGUCGCGGGAGCCGACCUUAACCAGUGGGAGACGAACAAGACGGGUCUCUUUGUGGACACGUUGGGGAACAACGUUGGUUGGCUGAGACUUCCUCAGAAUGACACGAUCUUCCAGAAAGUUUCUGAUCCCACCGCUGGCUCGAAAUCCCCUCACUACGAGCUGAUCAUGUGUGAUGGCUGGGCUUCGAUCGCCGACCCUCAUCCUGGUACUGGUCAUUGGAUGACGCUGGUCACGAACCUUAUUUCACCUACGUCUCGUGGAUCCGUUACCCUGGCUUCCAUAGAUCCAUUCGCAGCCCCUAUUAUCGAUGCUGGGCUGCUUAACUCCGACUUCGACAUUUAUACCAUGAAGCAAGCAAUCAAGUCAGCCCAGAAGUUUCUCACAGGCUCUGCAUGGAAGGAUUAUAUCGUCGCUCCAUAUGCCCCUCUGGGGAACGUGACUACCGAUGCAGAGCUCGAACAGUAUGCCAGGAAUCAUACUACGACCGUCUGGCAUCCGGUCGGUACGGCUGCCAUGUCGGCCUGCGAUGCGGCCCAUGGUGUCGUCGACCCUGACCUCAAUGUUAAGGGCACUAUCGGACUAAGAGUCGUGGAUGCAAGCAUAUUCCCCUACAUACCCGGAGCGCAUCCCCAGGCUCCCCUCUACAUGAUGGCUGAGAGGGCUGCAGACUUGAUCAAAGCUGGCACUCAGCUCUGUUACUGGUAUGAUCGCCUGUUCUGGUGGCUCCACUGGUAAUGACUUCUCCUGGAGAUCUGAUCAUCCUCGUGCAUCAUGAGUGUACGUAUCACCGGCCGAGCAUUCAUCGAUCUCAUUGUGCUUCAUAUAUUUUCGUCGUGUGCAAACGGACGAGCAUGGACAUGUAAAGGGCUCCUUCAGUUUCAUUCUUGUUGUUGUUUUCGGUCCCAUUAUCUAGGUACUUAGGCACUUGUAAUUGUUAUCACACGAAGUAUUGUUACCACUUUCCCUCCAAUGACUCAUUUGCGC